AAGAAAUAAUUCACUCAAACUCACAUAGGCAAUGACAUAUCCACACAAUUUUUUCACCUAUAUAUAUUCACCUUCUUCUUCAAAUGCCACAUAUUAUCCUCAUCCUCCAUUGUUAUGUCCACCAUUUUUCUUGGAUCACCACAAUUCUCAUAUACACCUUCACUUUCCUCUCCAAAAAAUCCCUUCAAACUUCCUAUAUCCAUCAUGGCUACAUGCAUUCACUCAUCAAGAACCAAAAGUCCUCCAAAAAACAAGCCACAAAUCAACAACAAUGUUUACAAUUAUGUUAAAUAUUGCCAACCCAAUUUUCCUAACCUCAUUACCUCCAACCCCUUUUCACAGAAAAGCUUGAAAGUUGAGGAGGAAGAAGGAGAAGAGAAUUUAUGGGUAAAAAUGAAAGAUGAAGCUAAGUCUGAUAUUGAUCAAGAACCAAUAUUGUCUAGUUAUUAUGUUUCUUCAAUAUUAGCUCAUGAAUCAAUGGAAAGAGCUUUAGCUAAUCAUCUUGCAAUGAAAUUAAGUAGUUCUAAUCUUACUAAUACUACUUUAUAUGAUUUGUUUAUUGGUGUAUUAACAGAUGAUCAAGAUUUGAUUAAGUCAGUUAAAGCUGAUUUGUUAGCUGUUAAAGAAAGAGAUCCUGCUUGUAUUAGUUAUGUACGCUGUUUCUUGAAUUUUAAAGGCUUUUUAGCAUGUCAAGCACAUAGGAUUGCUAAUAAGUUGUGGUUAAAUGGGAGGAAGAUUUUGGCUUUGUUGAUACAAAAUAGGGUUUCUGAAGUUUUUGCUGUUGAUAUUCAUCCUGGUGCUAAAAUUGGUAAAGGGAUUUUACUUGAUCAUGCUACUGGUGUUGUUGUUGGUGAAACUGCUGUGAUUGGUAAUGAUGUUUCUAUUUUGCAUAAUGUAACAUUGGGUGGUACUGGUAAAAUGUGUGGUGAUAGACAUCCUAAGAUUGGUGAUGGUGUUUUGAUUGGUGCUGGAACUUGUGUUCUUGGUAAUGUUAGAAUUGGAGAUGGGGCUAAGAUUGGUGCUGGUUCUGUUGUGUUGAAGGAGGUUCCAGCGAGGACUACUGCCGUUGGGAAUCCGGCUAGGUUGCUUGGAGGGAAAGAGAAUCCGAAGAGACUUGAUAAGAUUCCUAGCCUGACUAUGGAUCAUACUUCACAUAUAUCAGAAUGGUCUGAUUAUGUUAUAUAAAGUUAACAACUUUGUGUUUUUUCUUACUAUUGUUUUUAGCUUUUUAUUAGGUUAGGGAAAUGGUAUGUCGCUCUGACUCUUCGAAAAUAAUGUUGUACUUACGUCUGAUCCCUUUGACGGUGCACUACUUUUGGAGGAUUUGACAUGUACGUGACAUUUUGGAAGAGUUUUGAGUACCAUAGGUGUAAUGCUCCUCGAGGAAUUUUAGUUUCAGGGAGAAUCGAAGUUCUCUUAAAAGCUUAGAUAUUCCCUUGUGUGGAGGAGAUGUUGUAACAGCCAUUUGGCUUUAAUGGUAACUUGUUUUAAGAUUUAAUAGAUUACCGUAGUAGUGUUCUUGUUAUAGCAAACAGUUCCAUAUUUCUAUCUAUAAAAGUUUAUUGAGAUA